UUGAACGACGCCCUGACGACGACAGCAAUUGAUCUCAUGCCUCCAAUUUUUUUCGACGAACCAGAUUACAGUUGCGGCCAAAAGCUUGGUCGCAUACAGUUCAGCGUAAGUUAUGACUUUGAUGCGUCCACGCUGACAGUAAAAAUCAUUAAAGCGGAAGACUUAGCAGCUAAAGAUUUAUCAGGAACAAGUGAUCCGUACGUCAAAAUUAUGCUCCUGCCAGAUAAAAAGCACACCAUGACUACAAACAUCAAGCGCAAAAAUUUGAAUCCGCGCUGGAAUGAGGUUUUCGCUUUCGAAGGUUUCCCGUACCACAAGGUAGCAACGAGGACCUUGUACUUGCUUGUUCUCGAUUACGAUAGAUUCAGCAGAGACGACCCCAUUGGCGAGGUCUGCUUGCCCUUGAAUGACCUCGAUCUUGGGACCGGUCAGACCCUGUGGAGGACGUUGAGGCCUUGCAAAGGAGCCGCGGGGAAGCUUGGCAUGCUGCUUGUGACGUUGUGCUACCAGCCAGCCUCGGAAACGAUCACGAUAACAAUCAACAAAGCGAAAGAUUUGAAAGCCAAAGACAUAAAUGGCUCCUCAGAUCCAUACGUGAAGGUGUGGUUAAUGCACGAUGGCAAGAAAAUUGAAAAAAAGAAAACUGAAGUGCACGAAAAGAAUUUGAACCCAAUCUUCAACGACAUCUUCAACUUCACCGUACCUUACGACAAAAUCAGGCAGAGCAGUCUCGUUGUGUCCGUCAUGGAUUAUGAUAGGAUGGGCCGGAACGAAGCCAUCGGUCAGCUGGUGCUUGGGAGCAAGAGUGGACAGAUGGAAGUGAAGCACUGGAACGAAAUGUUUGCGAAGAGUAGGCAGAAUGUAUCGCAGUGGCACGUUCUCAAAGAUUUCGGCUGAUCUGAUCCACACCUUCGUCCAACGUUGUUUCGACAUUGUUCGUCUGCUGAACAUUUGUGUUUGAAUGUUCAAUUGAUUGCUUCUACAUUUCUCACUAACUCAACUUGCGCUAUGAAGUUGUAGUCACAACUUUUCUUAAUUAUAAUUCACGACUGAUCAAGGUACGUAACCACAGUAUUAAGCCUGAUUGUGCGUAUUCAUACAGGUGUACGUGUGUAAUAAUAAUAUUAUCAGUAGUAACUCACUGUACGUUAACACUGCUAAUUUGAAAAAUUUUGCUGUCAUGCAUUAGCUGUUCUAAUGAGGUGUUUAUUAGGUUUAUAAUAUAAAAUAUUCAGUUACUGUAUUUGUAAAUGAAUUAUUCAUUAUAUGAAAACCACAUUUUUGUUUCAAUACUAUAUUCCUAGAAGGUUACUCGAGCAAGUUGUUUAAAAUACAAAUAUCUGUUGUCAAAUGUUCAAUUACCCAUGCUUUAUUUUAUUAAGAUGAAAUAAUUAACUAAAAAUUUAUAAAACGUUUCUUUGUAAUUGAAAAAAAAUUAAUGGGUGACAUCCAUUGUUUUCCUUAGCUGCUCCGUUUUGAAUAGAUUCUAAUUGUUUUAUAGAAAAUUUUUAGAAUUGUAGCCAUCAUUUGUUGAAAUAUCACCUGCUGUACAAUUUUCUUUCUUUAGUUUUAGUUUUUAAUAUAUUUAUUUGAUUAAUUUUUUUUUAUUUUGAACAUUUUAUUGUAGUAUGAUUUUAGCCCAACAGAAAGAGCUUAAACUGUUCGUUCCACAUGAAAACUUGAAAGAUUGGAGAAGCUUUGAAAAGUGACGGAGUAGAAAUACCUGAAGACAUUAUUAGUCAUAAUUAAUUUAUGUAGUGUGCCUGUCUAAUGUUUUUAUUUUAUUUUUUUUUUUUAUCGGCAUGCAUGUAUUUCUAACGAACCAACAAUGUAAUGAAUAUACCACGUAUGUAAUUGCUUGUGUAAUUAAUCUAGCUGUCACCUGCAAAUGUAACUCACAUUCAAUUAUUCGUGCUCCGUUUAUGAAACUAUCAUGAAGUUUUGUGUGAAUUUUCUGUCACUUGAAAGACUUGCAUUUCAAAUUUCACUAUGGUCUCAAGCGUGUCUGCGAUUGAAUGAUUUAUUUCAAUAUGAAAUAUUUCAAUCUAGAUUAAAUUUACUAGUGACAAUUUAUAGAUUGUGGAUCAUAAUUAUAAUCAAUUUAUUGAAAAAAAAAAACCAAUACAACAAUUUG